CGACCUGAACGCAGCGCCUUAGACCGCUCGGCCAUCCUGACAUACUGAAGGGAUAUACCAGGCCAUAUUAUGUAGCAUAUUAAAUGAUAAAAAAAUUACAUUGUGAUGAUUUAUUUUGGUUGAAAUGGGAUUAAAAUACUUAAAAUAUAAACGGACCAGGUUCGCAAAUGCAACGGUUCAUCCGAAGCUGCUGUUCCGGCAUCAUUUGGGGUCUCCUGUCUGACUGCUAACGGCCACCGGUCAGCUAACUUUCCACCACGUUAAUUUUCCACCCAUGGCCUCCUUUGCUCCAAACAACUUCUCCUGGGUGGAACCAGGCAAACUAGCUGGACUGGCGUUGCCCAGGAUGACAUGUGAAUACCAGUAUCUGCUGGACAACGGCAUCAAACACCUGGUCUGCCUGUGUGAGAGGAAGCCACCCUAUCAUGACUCAUGUCCAAACCUACAGCUUCACCACAUCAAGAUCGCUGACUUCACUCCUCCUUCACCGAGUCAGAUCGAUAGAUUCCUCUCCAUCGUGGAAGAAGCCAAUUCUAAGGGGGAGGGUGUGGGAGUUCACUGCAUGCAUGGCCACGGCAGAACGGGGACCAUGCUGGCCUGCUACCUGGUGAAGACGAGGAAGAUUUCUGGACAAGACGCCAUCCACGAGAUCCGCAGACUGAGGCCAGGUUCGAUUGAAACCAGCCAACAAGAGAAAGCAGUGGUGCAGUUUUACCAGCGCACUAAGUAGCGUUAGCAGAAGAAAAGUAGCAACAUAAAGCUCUUAUUUUACAGGAAAUAAGCAUAAAACAAAGUCAACUACUCCUAAAUUAAGGCUUUAUUGUAUGGAAACAUGAAAAACAGUGUUUUUCCAGUCAUUCCUUCAUAAAUCCAAGGAAUGACUGAUACAGAUAAUAGUACUCGGCUUAAAUGUAGAAAUUACUCAAACAUUUCUACUGCAAAUGUGUUCAGCUUUUCUUUUUUUCUUUUUUUUACGUGUUGCUGUACACCGUCGCCCUGCUCACAGAUUAUUACAUUUCUUCAUUAAGACGUUUUUCUGAUCUGAGGUCUCUGAUUUAAAGGCUUUAAGCUGCUUUUAUUUUAUGCACUGGACGCCAGAGAAAAGAGAUGCUGACGCUCCUUGAAGGUGAGCUUCUCAGGAGCCGACACUCUCCUCGUUUUCUCCUCCUGAUUCCUGCAAAAACACAAAAUAAGCACAAAUACUUGAUUUCUCUUUCUUACGGGGGACGCAAACGGUUUUGAAAUAUAUUUAUGCUCAUGCCAUCUGCAGACUUUUUUACUCAGGGAGAUUCUUUUAAAGAGUUAAGUUGCUUUCUUGGGGUGGACAGUUGUUUGUGGACAUUUUUGAAAAAAUGCUGCAUCAAUAGCUGUGUGUUAAAUAAAAUUUUAACUUCUUGUAAACUCA